UAAGAAGAAAUUAGGAAUAGGAAAGAAUUUAUAAAAGCUGUAUGGUACUACGGAGAAAAUAAACUUAUACACAAACAAAGGAAGAAUACAAAGAGCAAGGGAGCCGUUUCUAGGACAGGUAGCGCCUACUACUACUGCUGCUGCUGCUGUAAACAGUAAACUUCAAUUGUCAUACUUCAUACUUGGUAGUGAAUUUUUCAAACUGUCCCGAGUCCCGAAAUGCACUUAGUAUAUGACGAUAAUACGUUCAACAUCCAUGAGGCUUGCCGUUUGGGGAAAUAUGAAGAAGUCAAAACGAGAAUACUGAGUAACAAUCGCCUACUUACCACCAAAGAUGACAGCGGACGUCAGGCAUUACAUUGGGCUGCAAGUGGUGGCCAUGAAGAAUUGGCUAGUUUUUUAGUAGAACAUGGAGCUCCACCUGAUAAAGCAGAUGAUGUUGGUUGGACGCCUUUAUUGGUAGCGUCAUCCGCAGGACAUGCACAGGUUGUCAGACUACUCAUUGGCCGUGGUGCCCAUUUAAAUGCCCAAAAUGAUGGUGGACACAGCGCACUUCAGUAUGCUGCAUCUAAAGACCAUCAUGAAAUUGUCUCCAUCUUGAUAAUGAAUGGGGCUGAUGUAAAUAUACAGGACAAAUAUGGUGCUACACCAUUACACCGUGCUGCUUCUAAAGAAAAUGUAAGGUCUAUGAAUCACAUACUUCAGUGCAACAUGUGCUCCAUGAAUUUACAAGACUCAGAAGGCAAUACUCCUUUGCAUUUGGCAUGUGAAGAAGAGCGCACAGCAGCAGUACAACUCUUAAUAGAACAUGGGGCUUUUACUAACAUAGUAAAUAAAGCACAGAAAAUUCCCCUUCAGAUGUCUUCAUCACAGUCUAUCAGACGCAUUAUUACAUCCAUUGACCUGUAAUACACUCAGGUAUUAUAAUGACAAUACUAGUUCUGCAAGUCUGGAAAUGAUUCUUUGAUUUGGUUAAAUCACUAUUAUAAUAAUAUAAUGUA